AUGAUAACCGUGAUUCUUUCCAAUAAUUCUCAUCUCUUCCCACGUACUUUCUUCUUGGCUGGCAUCCCGGGAUUGACUACUGCCCACAUUUGGAUCUCACUUCCUUUUUGCUUUAUGUUUUUCCUGGCACUGACUGGGAAUGGUGUCCUGCUUUUUCUCAUCAGGACACAUCACAGCCUUCACCAGCCCAUGUUUUUCUUUCUUGCCAUGCUUUCCUUUGUCGACCUGGUCCUCUCCCUUUCCACACUGCCCAAGAUGCUGGCCAUUUUCUGGUUUGGUGCUACAGCCAUCAGCUCCCACUCCUGUCUUUCCCAGAUGUUCUUCAUUCAUGCAUUCUCUGCCAUGGAGUCGGGAGUGCUAGUGGCUAUGGCCCUGGACCGCUUUGUGGCCAUAUGUAACCCACUUCGUUAUUCAACCAUCCUUACCCCUGCCAUUGUUGCCAAGAUUGGAGGCCUGGUAGUGCUGCGAGGCGUGGGAUUGACCAUCUUCUUUCCAACCCUGGCUCAUCGGUUGCCCUACUGCGCCUCACACACGAUUGCCUAUACCUACUGUGAGCAUAUGGCUGUGGUGAAGCUGGCCUGCAGGGCCACCACUGUGGACAACCUCUAUGCCUUUGCAGUGGCAAUCUUUCUUGGUGUGGGAGAUGUGGCCUUUAUUGCCUACUCCUAUGGGCAAAUUGUGAGGACUGUGAUGCAUUUUCCUUCACCUGAGGCACGUGCUAAAGCUGGCAGCACAUGUACGGCUCAUGUCUGUGUCAUCCUCUUCUUCUACGGACCAGGCUUUCUUUCUGUGGUUAUGCAGCGUUUUGGGCCACCCACAGCCCCUGCUGCCAAGGUCAUCCUUGCAAAUCUCUAUUUGCUGUUUCCCCCUGCACUAGAUCCUAUUGUCUAUGGUGUCAAGACCAAGCAGAUCCGGGAGCGGCUAUUUACAAUUCUGAGCCCCAAGAGGAUUGAGCCCAUCUGA